CUAAAAACACUCCGUUGGCCACUUCCUCUUCCUCCCCCCUCUCUUUCUCUCUCCGUCUGAAAUUUCCGCAGGAUGCCACAGGUCGAUCUCGUCUCAUCCCGCGUCGCUGGCGGCGACACGGACGAACUAACAGAGGAUCAUGAUCAGCCAGAUCUACCGCCUGAAUCAUUCUGGCUCUCCAAGGACGCCGAGUACGACUGGUUCGACCGAAACGCCUUCUACGACCGCAACGAUUCAACCAAGGGGAACUCCAAUACCAAUCCCAAUCCCAAUCCCAAGAACCUCAACUCCGGCUCACAGAGGUUUUCGAACAACGUCUUCAAAUCCAGACCCUCGGUCAUCGGACUACCGAAGACGAGUUACGUGUUGGACGCCACUGCGAAACGGAAGGCGGCGAGUAAUAUGAAUAUACGGUUGUUUCCUCCGAAGCGGUCCGAGUCGAUAGCGAAAUCAACGGCCGCAGAGCCGUCUUCGCCGAAGGUGUCGUGUAUGGGGAGGGUGAGAUCGAAGAGAGGCCGCCGCCGCCGAAAGUCCGGAACCGAGGCGGCGGAGAGACCCCCCGAGAUCGUCAGAAGAAUGAGAACCGGUAUCUUCGGGUGUUGUGGUGGUGUGGAUGUUUUCCGGGCCAUCCGGAGGUCGAAGCAGGCGGUCGGAAUUGUUGAACUGCAGUCGGCGGAAUCGCCGACGAGGAAGAGCCGCGUGACGGAGAAGGCUGGUGAUGGACGAGCGGCGGCGGAGGCACCCGGUUUGGGAGGAAUGACGCGGUUCGCUUCGGGCCGGAGAUCGGUGUCGUGGGGUGUGGAUGACGUGGACACCGGAGGAAGUUGACGGGCUUUGGCUUUGCUGUGUACAAUUGGUUUGGUUUGACUGGGGGAUUGUUGAUCUCACGUGGGACGUUCUAGGCUAUGUGCCACUGCGACGGUAUCAAACAAAGAAUGUUCUUUCCAAAUUUACGACUUCAUCUCGUCUCGUUAGAAGAUAAAUUUUCACUCUCUGUUUUUUUUUCUUCUUCCUUUUUUAAAGUAGUUAAAGUGAGUACAUAGUGAAUUCUUGUUAGUAGAAGAUAAAAAAAUAAUGGUUUUUCACUUUUCUUUAUAUGUUUUACUCUUGCUCAGACCUACGAUAAGCAUUGUUGAUACACGAGUUUUAUUAGAGUGAGGGAUAUGUACGAAUUCUUGAUAUUUCCAAUGCAUAGAACAAAUUAAAGUUUUCCUCCUUGAUGGAGUUUAUUA